AUGGAUUUUAACAGGUGGGGACUACUUGCUCGCCUGCUUGACUGUGCACCGAUGCUCAAGAUUGUGCACCGAUGCUCAAGAUACUAUCAUUUAGAUCGGGAAAAGGGCAUUUCACCUGACGUUGUCACAUAUAACUCGAUGAUUCAGGGCUUGUGCGAUUUUGGUAGAUGGAGAGAAGUCAAAAACUUACUAAAUGAAAUGGUCAAUCGCAAGAUUUCUUUAACUGUUGUUACUUUUAGUAUAUUGGUGGACGCAUUUUGCAAGGAAGGAAAUGUUAAAGAAGCUGAAGAUAUCUUGGAAAUUAUGAAGCAACAAAAUAUUUGUCCUAAUAUUGUCACGUACAAUGCACUGAUAGAUGGGUAUUGUUUGCAAAGGAAAAUGGAUAAAGCGAAAGAAGUAUUUGAUUCCAUAACGAGCAGCGGCCUUAAGCCAUGCAUUAUCAGCUAUAACUCUUUAAUCAACGGAUAUUGCAAGAACGGAAAAGUGGAUGAAGCUUUGCGUCUUUUUCUUGAAGUUUCUUCGAAAGGCUUAGAACACACAACGGUUACUUAUAAUACCAUGAUACAUGGAUUAUUUAGUGAAGGCAGAUUUGCAGAUGGAUGGAAACUUUUCAACGAUAUGGAAGCUCGGCAAGUACAUCCCGGUUUAUUCACUUACAAUAUUUUAAUGGAUGUCUUGUGCAGGACUCAUCAGAUUGCCGAAGCAUUUUCGUUUCUACGGGUGAUGGAAAAUAAAGGUUUAAAUCCUGAUAUAAUCACAUACGGUAUCCUGAUUAAUGGUUUGUGCAAAGAUGGGAAACUUGACGACGCAAAAAUGAUUUUAAACGAACUUCCUUCCAAAGGAUUGAAACCUAAUAUUAAAAUAUAUACCGUUAUUCUCGGUUCACUUUGCCGAAAAGGGUGUGUAGACGAGGCAGAAGAUUUGAUUGUGAAAAUGGAGAGAAGUGGUUGUGCACCGAAUAGCGUGACGUACAACUACAUUGUCCAGGGUUUGCUAAAGAAGAAAGAGGUUUACAAGGCAAUCCCAUUCUUAGAGGAAAUGCACGAGAGGGGAUUCUCAGCGGAUGCAGCUACUUCUUCCAUGUUAAUUAGUCGCCUGCAAGGAUCAAACAAAGAUGAUGUUCUUCUCGAAUUGAUUAAGAAAGUUGUACCGAAAAUCUAA